AAGAGAUGGGCAGAAGAAAUGUAAUUUUAAAAUUCUUUACAUUGUUUAAGCGAUCUCCUCUUGAAUAUUAUUAUUAUAAAAACAGGGGAAGAGCAGAAAAAUCCUUCUGUCUUCUUGUCUGUUAAAGCAGAUUACAUUUAUACAAUUUUUUCUUUUGCUCUGCAGUGUGUUGAUAAAUGAUGAAUAAGGGAGUUUUUAGUUGUUUAUCCGCUCUGAAGAAUCAUGGAUUAUUCUUCUUAUUGACGGAGAAGAGGUGAUAUUGAGGAUUUUCGCUAGGGUUCUGAGAGAAAAUUUGCAGGUUUAAUGGCGACGGUGAAUCCGUUCGAUCUAUUGGGUGAUGACGAUAAUGGCGACCUGACUGUGGUUUUGAAUGCGCCGGCUGUUGGAAAUGAAAAACAGGGGGCGAAGAAGGGUAGUGGUAAUGCGCCUGUACAGAAGACAGCAGUGGCGUCUUCAAAAUUGCCGUCAAAGCCUCUACCCCCGGCUCAGGCCGUAAGAGAAGCAAGAUCAUCACAAACUGAAGGGAGUAGGGGUCGAGGUGGCAGUGGACGAGGGGGCCGUGGAUCCUUUGGUAAUAGGGACCAGGAGUUUGGAAGAGGUCGCGGUGGGAACUAUAACAGUGAAUGGGGCUUUAACCGUGAAAGUUAUGAUGGUUAUGGUAGCCGUGGUGGGUUCUAUGAAAGCAAUGCAGAUUUUCCACCUGGUCGUCAAGAAGACGGGGAAGUUGCUUCUGCUGAGCGGGGGAGGGGUGGAGGUCGUGGAAGUGGCCGAGGAGGCCGUGGAGGCAGAGGAUUUGGUGGUGGCCGAGGGGUUGGUGGUGACGCUGGGGAUGAAGAUAAUCGCAAGCGCAUGUAUGAGCGAAGGAGUGGCACUGGUCGCGGCACUGAAAUGAAGAGAGAGGGUUCUGGUCGAGGAAAUUGGGGAACCCCUGUUGAGGAGGCUUUUCAGCAACUGGAGGAAACAACAUCUGCCGAGGAGGAAAAGGUACCAACAUUAGAGAAGGUGGAGAAAGAAACUAAUAAAGAAAGUUCUCCACUGGAUGAAGAGAAGAAACAGGAGGAAGAAGAUAAGGAGAUGACACUUGAUGAGUAUGAAAAGCUUCUGGAGGAGAAACGAAAGAAGCUUUUGGGAGGGCAGAAGGUAGAAGAAAGGAAAGUUGAUGCUACAGCAUUUGAAUCAAUGAAACAACUUUCGCUUAAGAAGAAAGAUGAAGAUGCUGUGUUCAUAAAAGUGUCUUCAGAGAAGGACAAGGAAAAGAAGAAUGAUGCAGGGGAACGAGAUGAACGGAUUAGAAAGCCAAUGAGCAUCAACGAGUUUCUGAAACCCGCUGAAGGUGAGAGGUAUCAUGGUGGAGGCCGAGGUAGGGGUCGUGGUCGUGGUAGUCGGGGAGGUUUUACAGGUGGCUUUGGUGGUGGUGAUAAUGAUUCUCUUCAACUCAAGGCCCCAAGCAUUGAGGAUCCUCGGCAUUUUCCUACAUUGGGUGGGAAAUAAAUCUAUUUAUUAUGAAGGUAUUACAUCUCCUUAUGUUAUUGACAUGGGAGAUGAGUAAUGUUAGGGAAGGAAAUUUCCUGUAUUGAAGAAAGUUUUGUAGGAAGAACUAAAAGGAGUUAUUGGCUUUGUGGAGCUUGUUUUUGCAACAUGAUAUAUAUAUAUAUAUAUAUAUGUAAAUCAUGGGCAUUUCUUUAAUCGAAGGGGUCUCUGUUUAUUACUGAUAAUUGGUAACAAUAUCAUUUGGGAAUAUUAGUUGUUUGUGAUUUAGCAACUCUUACAACGAAAUACAUUUCUAGUUCAUAUAAUGGGAAAUUUACUUCAGUUAUUAA